AUGUACUUCUUCCUGCUCAACCUCUCCCUCUUUGACAUGGGCACCGUCUCCACCAUUCUCCCCAAGUCCAUGGCCAAUUCCCUCUGGGAUUCCAGGGACAUCUCAUACUUGGGAUGUGCGACACAGCUCUUUUUGUUUGUCUUCUUGAUCACAGCAGACUAUUGUCUACUCACCAUCAUGUCGUACGACCGCUACAUUGCCAUUUACAAACCCCUGCACUACGGGACCCUCCUGGGCAGCAGAGCUUGUGUCCACAUGGCAGCAGCUGCCUGGGCCACUGGGUUUCUCAAUGCUCUGCUGCACACGGCCAAUACAUUUUCACUGCCCCUGUGCAAGGGCAAUGCCCUGGGCCAGUUCUUCUGUGAAAUCCCCCAGAUCCUCAAGCUCUCCUGCUCACACUCCUACCUCAGGGAACUUGGGCUUCUUGUGGUCAGCGUCUGUUUAGCAUUUGGCUGUUUUGUGUUCAUUGUGGUGUCCUAUGUGCAGAUCUUCAGGGCCGUGCUGAGGAUCCCCUCUGAGCAGGGACGGCACAAAGCCUUUUCCACCUGCCUCCCUCACCUGGCCGUGGUCUCCCUGUUUGUCAGCACUGCCAUAUUUGCUGACCUGAAACCUUCAUCCAUCUCCUCUCCAUCCCUGGACCUGGUGGUGUCUGUUCUGUACUCGGUGGUGCCUCCAGCAGUGAACCCCCUCAUCUACAGCAUGAGGAACAGGGAACUCAAGGAGUCUAUAAGGAAAGUGAUGACUGUUUGCUUUUCAAAAGCAGUAAUGAAGUGA